GCGAAAUGCAGCGGCGCGGACGCACCCUCCUGUGCCUGCUGCUGGCGGUGGCGGUGCCCACGGCCCCCGCGCCGGCUCCGACGGCGACGUCGGCUCCCGCCCAGCCGGGCCCGGCCCUCAGCUACCCGCAGGAGGAGGCCACCCUCAACGAGAUGUUCCGCGAGGUUGAGGAGCUGAUGGAGGACACGCAGCACAAGCUGCGCAGCGCGGUGGAGGAGAUGGAGGCAGAAGAAGCUGCUGCUAAAACAUCAUCAGAAAUGAACUUGGCAAGCUUACCUGCCAUCUAUCACAAUGAGACCAACACAGAUACCAAGGUGGGAAACAACACUGUCCAUGUGCACCGAGAAAUUCACAAGAUAACCAACAACCAGACUGGACAGACGGUCUUUUCCGAGACGAUUAUUACAUCUGUAGGAGAUGAAGAAGGCCGAAGAAGCCACGAGUGCAUCAUUGAUGAGGACUGCGGCCCCUCCAGAUACUGCCAGUUCUCCAGUUUCCAGUACACCUGCCAGCCGUGUCGGGAUGAGCAGACGGUCUGCACACGGGACCGUGAGUGCUACAAAGACCAGCUAUGCGUCUGGGGUCACUGCACCAAAAAGGCCACCAGAGGUGGCAAUGGGACCAUCUGUGACAACCAGAGGGAUUGCCAGCCGGGGCUGUGCUGCGCCUUCCAGAGAGGCCUGCUGUUCCCUGUGUGUACCCCGCUGCCCGUGGAGGGUGAGCUCUGCCAUGACCCUGCCAGCCGGCUGCUGGGCCUCAUCACCUGGGAGCUGGAGCCCGAGGGGGCUUUGGACCGGUGCCCGUGUGCCAGUGGCCUCCUCUGCCAGCCCCACAGCCAUAGCCUGGUGUACAUGUGCAAGCCGGCCUUCGACAGUAGCCACGAGCCCAACAAGCAGAGCCUGCUGGCCAAUGAGGGCCCUGCUGAAUACAAAGAUGGUGGCUUCAUGGAGGAGGUGCGCCAGGAGCUGGAGGACCUGGAGCCGAGCCUGACGCAGGAGAUGGUGCUGGGGGAGCCUGCUGCCACCGAGCUGCUGGGGGGAGAGAUCUAGACCCAGAUCCAGGCCACGGGUAGAUGUGCAGUAGAAAUAGCUAAUUUAUUUCCUCAGGUGUGGGCUGGCCAGGCUUUCCCUAUGUCCCCUUCCCAGUAAGUUCCCCCUUUGGGUUGGCAAAACAAGGUGCUGUGCCUUCGUCCAGAUGCUCCAAAAGCACUCCAGAAUCCUUGUUCUGGGCAAGGUGGAGCGUGGCAGAGUGAAUGGGGGUAGAAUCCAGCUGCCCUGAAUCACCGGCCCCUCUGCCCCUCCAGGUUGACACCAAUCUGCUCUACAUCAAUUAGAGAAUUGUUUGAAGGUGGGGGAUGAAAAUGAGGUAGUGUCUGCCUAGGAUGGGUCUGGGGAAAUGUUGGGGGAGCCCUGCUUGGUAAACACCGACCUGGCAAACAUGCGGUGAGUGGUUCAUUUGUGCAGCUCUUUCCCCAGGCGCAGGCACCUGGUGCUUGCUGUGCUUUAUGCGCGCUCAUCUGCUCGGCUGUUUUAUUCAGUUCCUACCUCGUGUCAGGAUAGAAUUUGCAUACCCACCACUGAGUCACUCUCGGUCUGUGGGUGGGAGUGUGUGGAGGCUCAGAGACCACAAGCUACCUGCCCAAGUCACGUGGCAAGUGAAGCCCACACUGAGUUUUCCGCUGUGUGACUCCAAGCCCAUCAUGCUCCCCGUUAACCCAACCAGUUUCAGUGCCGCUAACACAACGCCCCAAAGGAGAGAUAAUGUCAACGUUGUUUCCGCAGCUGUGUCAGAAAUAGCAGUGCGGGGUGGCCAUCAUUCUAGUGGAGACAGGGGCAUGGACACUGUCUCCUCUUGACAUGUGCAUUAGUAAAUUUGAAGGCACAUAGUUAGAGUAUAGAAUCUAAGUUAACAUGCAGAAGACAUACUUAGGAGGCUCAGAUUAGUAACGAGGUUUGCAAAAUCACUUAGCAGAAACUGCAGACUGUUACCAAGCACAUGGAGAAAAUCAAACCAAGCCAGGCUCUAUGAACUGUGGUUGUGGCAUCCAAACCAAGAACAUCAAGCUAGAUGUCAUUCUGCAAAUGACAUUUUUACUUGCCAAGAACUGUUUCCAUCAUGUAUUCGUCCAGAGUUAUUAAACUUUAAAAAUUGUGCAUGAUUAUAUAAGCAUGCUUUCUUUGGUUUUAAAUUAUGUAUAAACACAUAUGUUCACUUAAAAAUCAAGCAUAAAUCACUUAGACUACU